AUGUCAUACAGAGAUCUACGAAACUUUACGGAGAUGAUGCGAAGCUUAGGUUAUCCUAGGCUUAUAUCAAUGGAAAAUUUUAGACAACCAAAUUUUCCACUGGUAGCUGAAAUUCUUCUUUGGUUAAUAAAGAGCUACGAUCCUAACCUGGAUUUACCUUCCGAUAUUGAUACUGAACAAGACAGAAUCUUUUUCAUUCGAUCUACGGCCCAACUUAUGGCUACCAAAGCACACAUUAAAUUAAAUACCAAGAAGCUAUAUGGAGCCGACGGUUAUGCUGUCAAAGAAAUUUUAAAGAUUACAACAAUAUUAUACAAUGCUAUGAAGGCAAACAAACAGAAUGAGGAAAAUAAUUCUUCUGAAAAUGCGAAAGCAAAAUUUGAUAUUUCUAAUAAGAUAACAGAUCUAAAGCAAUCCCGGCAUUUAGCGUCGGAUAUUACCACGCGCGGAGCUAGCGUAUACGAUCUAUUGGGUGAAGAGCCUGAUUUAAGAGAUCAGCGUACAACAGCACUUGCAAGACCUCUAGAAUUGGAUGAUCUCGAAGAUAGGGUAUCCAAAAGUGUAUCAUCCGUCGAGGAGCAACAUCAACACACUGAAAGAAUGCUCAACAAUAUUGCCUCAGAUGAAGCUAACUUAGAAGCGAAAAUACAAAAAAAGAAACAAGAGCUAGAAAGAAAUCAAAAACGAUUAAAAAGUCUUCAGGCUGUUAGACCAGCAUUUAUGGACGAAUUUGAAAAACUAGAGGCCGAACUACAAAAGCUUUACACGGGAUAUUUUGAAAAGUAUAGAAACUUAGUUUAUCUAGAGCAACAAUUGGAAGAGAACAAUAAAAUUGAACAAGAGAAAUUUGAGGUACAUUUCUGGCAAGCUUAA